GGCCCUUAUGCCUCUUCACAGCAAGUCCCGUAAUCAUGUUGCGUGUUGUUAACGGAGUCUUGGUUGUGCCUCCUUUUGAGUGCGCUUGGCUGACUGGCGAAGGGUAUACACUCCGGUCUGGUGCCGGUUGUAUAUCUUUUGAAGCUAAGGGCGAUACCGAUGUUACAGUAAUCCUCAAAUCGACACCCGGGGCAAAGCGUUUGCAGCCGUUACUGCGUCAAGCGGCAGGCAACGCGCAGGGGCACGGCGGUGGCGGCAAUGCGCUCCAAGUCGAGCAGAACUAUACCAUCAUUUUUGGUAGCCACCGGAACAGCUGUCUGAAAGUCGAGAAGAACGGCGUCACGCAGUGCAUGGUGGCCGGUGUCGCUUGCUCUCGCGUCAGCAACAAGGCCUUCACCAAGUACUGGGUUGACCUUAACCAUGGUGUUCUCACCAUCGGCCACGGCGAUCCCGGAGAGGGUAUCUGCCACCAGUGGUGUGAUGCACAUGAAAUCCCGGGCAUUCAGCACAUCGGCCUCAGCUGCUGGGACCGCCACGUCAGCUACCGCUCCAUGUCCCUCCACCCUCCCCUGGACUUCACCCGCCUGCAACAACAACAGCAACACUCCCAGCUAGGUCUCUCCGGCGGUUGCAGCAUUACGGGCGCAUCUGCCGUACCACCGCUCUUCGAUGCAACCUGCAGUGCCAUCAUGGCUGCAACCACACCCGCUAACGUCUGCCGUACACUCCAUGUAGCCGAGCUGCUGCUCCCCACGACGCAAAAGCUGUACCGCUACUGUCUUGACUAUAUCGCUCGUCACUUCGAAGCCGUUGUACGGCAACCGACAACGGUAACGGCAGGAGCAGCGGAGGUGGCGACGGAGAUGCUAGCGGCGGACGCGGCAAUGCUUAGCGCAGGACCACAACAACAGCCUGAUGCUGUCAGCGAAGAUAGCGAAGACUUGGCGUCGCUAUCAAGCAUGUCUCCAGCUGCCAUGUGUGAUCUUGUGUGUCAAAACACAUUCAGCGUGGACGAGCAAGGCAUCUAUGUUGCCGUACGAGAUUGGGCAUGGUCGUACCUGACAUCCGCGGCGGAGGCGAGUGCUGCUGCCACAUGCAGAGAGGAGGCGGUCUCGGCAGUAUCGCAGCAGCAGCAGGAAGGCUCUUCCCUGUUAAGCGGUUGCGGUCACAGCAACGUGGCGGCAGCGGACCCGUGGGGAGCGACGCAGCCGCCGCAGCCACCGCAACUAGCACGCGCCUCGCUUGACGCCGUGCCGCCCCCCUGCCCUGCGGCGAUCCCAGGAGUGAUCCCAGCGGGAGCACUGUCCGCGGGAUGGGGCCCCAGCGGCGGGGGCGGCGGUGGAGGCGGAGGCGGCGUGGCAGCGUCCUGGCGGAGUGUGACGGGCGGCAGCCACCGCCGACUAUCGGAUCCGCAUCUGGAUUGUACUGCUCUGAAGACGGCGCUGGCGCAAGCGGUUGCUGCAGCAGGGUCGGCGGCGGCACCUGCAGCCGCUCCGGCGCCGGGCACGCCGCUCCCGGCGGCGACGCCGCCUAACCUCCCAUGCGCUGCCGCUCCCUCAGCAACCGCCGUCGCCGUUGUCAGCUGCGUGGAGGGUGUGCUGAGCCUCAUUCGCUACCCGCUGCUCCCUAUCGAUCAGCUGCACGCCUGCCUGCGAGACCCGCUGCUGUGUCGGCUGCCUGGGGUGUUGGGACUGGUACAUGAAGCCCUGGAGGUGCAUAGGCGAGAAACAGGCGCUGGCGGCGCUGUGAUGUCGGUGCCGAUGGUGCCAACCACCGGGGCGGCGACGGCGGCUAUGUCAGGCGGAUGUAGCAGCGGCUCUGCCGCACCCAUGGGUUGUGGUGGCUGUAGCAGCAACCAUGCACAUGGAGGCAUGAAUGGCGGCGGGGGUGGUGGAUUGCUGUCGCCCACAGCUGCCGAGCGGCGGCUCGUGAAGCCCCUGUUGUCACCCAAGGCAGGUGUGAAUGGAGCCGAGGGCGGCGGUGUUGGCGGCAUGGGCGGCGGAGGCGCCACCGCCGGCAUGGGUGUGGCCACUGGAGGAGCUGGCGGAAGCGGCGGUACGGCUGACGGCGGAGGCGCCGCCGCCGAGGGGCAUGGCGGCGGCGCUGCCAUUGACAACCGUUGGUCCGUUCGCUACCAACGACGCUGCCUGCCCUUCGCACUAGAGCUCAUGUACGUUUGCGACGGCGACUCAUGCGGUGUACUGCACUUUCUGGGGACGCAGUACGGCAGCCAGGGCUGGGUGAACCCGCUGCUGGCGAAGCGCGUGGAUGUGCGCGCGUCCAGUCCCACGGGUCGGACCACUGACCCACGGGUCGUUGUGGGUCGUCAGUUUGUACGAACGAACUUUGCCGGGCCGCGCUACGUGAAUGGCGCGGCGAGCAGUUGGUGGCAGGUGGACCUAGGGGAGCCGCACCAGCUGGCCAUCACGUACUACACACUGCGACAUGAUGGCUCCUCGGACUUUGCACGUAGCUGGGUACUGCAGGGCUCCCAUGACCUGGCCACCUGGGUCGACCUCAAGCGCCACUCCAACGAUACCUCCAUCAAACUGCCCGGACAGUACGCCUCCUGGCCCGUCAUAGGGCCCGCAGCCGCCGUGCCGUACCGUGCCUUCCGCCUGCUCCUCACCGCACCCAACGCCUCACCCAACUCAGCCAGCCGCCUGAACUUCUGUCUGAGCAAUCUGGAGUUGUACGGAUUCCUGCAUAAGGGUGGAGGCAUCGGCAAUGGCAACAGCAGCGGCAGCAGCAAUGGUAGUGCGGCUGUUGUUGCUGCUGGUGGUGGUGAGGGUGCGGGUGCCCCGGCGGUGGCGACGGCGAGCAGCGGCGAGAGCGCUGGUACGGCUACGGCGGCGGCGGCGGCUGGGGCGGCGGCGGACCUAGCGACGGUUGAGGCGCUGGGAGCUAGCGGUGCGUGAUGGCGUCAUGGGGGACUGGAGUGGAGCGGGGGGCGGAGCGGCGCGGCAGGAGGAAGAUGUGAACAUGUGAUGUGUUCGUGCCUGCAGGCUUGGCCUGGUUAUUUGGUUGGUCUGGGGCGCAGCCUGGGGUGCAGCUUCCGUUGCAUGGAGUUAACGCUGCAUGAGAAGGAUGUAGCGGAGGCGAGGAUGGUGUUUUUUCGGGUGGUUGGCUGCUUGUCUGAAUGCUGGUAUUGGUGUUGGCCGGGCUUUGACACGAAGGUCACGUUGCUUCAUAGGAGGUGAGCAGCAUAGCGGAUGAUGGGUGUUGCAUAUGUCGUGCAUGGUUUUUGAUGUGGCUGAUUGAUUGUGUGCUUGUUGGUGUGCGUCCGUAUGAAAGACGGUGAAAGGGAACAACCGCCUUCGAAGCCGCUUAUGAACCUUCUUUUUUCCCUGAAGUGCCCUGAAGUGCCAACGAAGGGGGUAUCGCAGCAGGCACUAUGUGUUUCCUUCAUACCGCUAUAGUACGUAAGCGCCGUCUACUACCGAGGGGCGCGCUCUAAACAAAGUGGUCUUUGUGGCACAAUGCAAAGUGAUCACUUACGCGGGUAAAUUUACAAUCCCGUGCGCGGUUUGGUUUUAUUAGCACGUUAGCCAAAGGCACCGGUAGGAGCCUAGACCGCACGAGACGUGUUUGCUGCAGAUGCUGUUGCUUGGCUUUUGUACUGCUGUUUAGUUUAUCUUUCAUUUCUUUCGCGGCUACGUCGGUGGCUAUGUUUGUGUUUAGUAGUGCUUCGUAGUUACAGUGGCUGUUAGGAUGACUUGGCAGCGGUGGUGCACCGACGUUGUUUUGGUUGGGAUUUUUGGCUGUUGGGUUCAGGAGGGGUGAGAAGAAAAACUUUGGACAGUAAGAGCAAAACGUCCGGCGACCCACCCUUGACCACCCACCCACCCCAAAAGUAGCUAAAAAUGGGAAUUUCGUGUACGACACUGUUUUAACAGCUUUCUUAAAGUGUAAAUAGUACCCCUAGCAGUCUUUAUGGAGGCCGGAGGUCAUGCUUGUCGUGAAUACCGCCGUACAAGUACGGCUUAUCCCCACUGGGGCCCUAAGGAUAGCCAAAAACAAUCUUAUCCCACAUAGCCAUCAUCGUCUGCCGCUGCAUGCGUAACCGGUUGUGGCUGUGCUGGCAAGCCACAUGGCCCUGCAACCUCUGCUGGCAGCAGGGCCUCACCAGCAGGAGUCGGGGUGGUUGCUCCUGCUGUUGGGGCACUUGGCAUGCGAAGCCGUGAGAAUAUGUCUGCAAGCGUUGAUUGCUUGCCCUUGCCUCCUUGCAGUUUGCGUAGCCGAGCCUGGCAGCUACCAACAUGGCGGUCGAUGUUGGGUUUAUGAAAAAAAAUACUUUGCAACGGGUGAGCCCGCAUGGCCUGGCGCCAGCCAAAGGGUUAACGACGAGAUGUGCGCCUAGGCAUUACGGUGCAGAAAAUUGCUAAG